AUGCCGCAUUUUGAGGCCGAGGAGAUGACCAUACCGGUCAUCGACAUCUCAAACCCAAGUGACGAGGUAGCUCGCCAAGUUCUGGAUGCAGCUUCCACUCAUGGCUUCCUGUUCAUCAAGAACGAUGGGGUGGCAAUCCCACCACAAGACAUAGUAGACAUGUUCAAACUUUCCAAAGAAUUUUUCAAUUCGCCAGAAGAACAAAAGGCAGAAUUUGCUAUCCACUCAGACAAAGCCGGCGGCAUCAACCGUGGUUGGGUGAAGAUGGCCGGCGAAUCUCUUGAUCCAGAAGGACAAAAGCAAGGCGAUCCCAAAGAGGCAUUCAACAUCGGCCCUCCCCAACCAGCCCUUCAACCGCUUCCACAACCCCUCUCAACCUCCUCUCCCUUGAUCCUUCGCUUUCAAAUCGCAUGCCACACGCUCUGCACCUCAAUCCUUUCGCUCCUCGGCACCGCCCUCCAGACGCCCGAUCCCUCCUACUUCACCGCGCGCCACGACCAAUCCCAGGGCCCCUCCGGCACAAUCUUCAGAAUGCUCUACUACCCCUCUACCACCACUUCUUCCGCCUCCCAGAUUCGCGCCGGCGCGCACUCCGACUACGGCUCGCUGACGCUGCUCUUCCGACUCCCCGGGCAGCCCGGCCUGGAGCUCUUCUCGCCGGGGCGCCGCACCUGGGUCCCUGUGCCGGUCAAUCCGUCGCCCUCGACGCUCGCAGACCCGCCGAUUCUGGUGAACAUCGGUGACCUGCUGAGUUUCUGGACUGGCGGGAUGCUGAAGAGUACCGUGCACCGCGUUACGUUUAGUGGCGGCGGGGAGAGGUAUAGCAUGGCGUAUUUUUGCCAUCCGCUAGACGAGGCGCGGUUGGAGAGGGUAGAGAGUGUGGUUUUGGCGGGCGCGGAUGGGGAGGCCGGAAGGGAAGAGUUGCGGAGUCAGCGGCGGAGGUUGGGACUUGAGGGGGAAGGGGACGAGGUGCUGACUGCGAAGGAGCACUUAGAUCGCAGGCUGAAAGUCACGUAUGGGCUUUGA